AUGGAGAGCAGCCCCAGCGGCCCUCAGCCCACGCGGUCAGAUCUCCUGGAGGCAUUUCCCCAGAGGACUCUGGAACCAGGUGACAUUGCAGUGCUGGUUCUGUACUUCCUCUUUGUCCUGGCCGUUGGACUAUGGUCCACAGUGAAGACCAAAAGAGACACGGUGAAAGGUUAUUUUCUAGCUGGAGGGGACAUGGUGUGGUGGCCAGUGGGUGCAUCCUUGUUUGCCAGCAAUGUUGGAAGUGGACAUUUCAUUGGCCUGGCAGGGUCAGGUGCUGCUGCGGGCCUUUCUGUAACUGCUUAUGAAUUUAAUGGCUUAUUUUCCGUGCUGAUGUUGGCCUGGAUCUUCCUCCCUAUCUACAUCGCUGGUCAGGUCACCACGAUGCCAGAAUACCUAAGGAAACGCUUUGGCGGCAACAGGAUCCCCAUCAUCCUGGCUGUGCUCUACCUGUUUAUCUACAUCUUCACCAAGAUCUCGGUAGACAUGUAUGCAGGUGCCAUCUUCAUUCAGCAGUCUUUGAACCUAAAUCUGUACCUGGCCAUAGUCGGGCUGCUGGCCAUCACAGCUCUAUACACUGUUGCAGGUGGCCUGGCUGCUGUGAUCUACACGGAUGCUCUACAGACUCUGAUCAUGCUUAUAGGAGCGCUCACCCUGAUGGGCUACAGUUUUGCUGCAGUUGGCGGGUUGGAAGGCCUGGAAGAGAAAUACUUCUUGGCUGUGGCCAGCAACCGGAGUGAGAACAGCAGCUGCGGGCUGCCCCGGGAAGAUGCCUUCCAUAUUUUCCGAGACCCACUGACAUCUGAUCUCCCGUGGCCUGGGAUCCUAUUUGGAAUGUCCAUCCCAUCCCUCUGGUACUGGUGCACCGAUCAGGUGAUUGUUCAGCGGACUCUGGCUGCCAAGAACCUGUCCCAUGCCAAAGGAGGCUCUCUGAUGGCCGCAUACCUGAAGGUCCUGCCCCUUUUCAUCAUGGUGUUCCCUGGUAUGGUCAGCCGUGUCCUCUUUCCAGACCAAGUGGCUUGUGCAGACCCAGAAAUCUGCCAGAAGGUCUGUAGCAACCCCGCUGGCUGCUCUGACAUCGCGUAUCCCAAACUUGUGCUGGAACUCUUGCCUACAGGGCUCCGCGGGCUCAUGAUGGCUGUGAUGGUGGCGGCGCUCAUGUCCUCCCUCACCUCCAUCUUUAACAGUGCCAGCACCAUCUUCACCAUGGACCUCUGGAAUCAUCUCCGGCCUCGGGCAUCUGAGAAGGAGCUCAUGAUUGUGGGCAGGGUGUUUGUGUUGCUGCUGGUAUUGGUCUCCAUCCUCUGGAUCCCUGUGGUCCAGGCCAGCCAGGGCGGCCAACUCUUCAUCUACAUCCAGUCCAUCAGCUCCUACCUGCAGCCUCCCGUGGCUGUGGUCUUCAUCAUGGGAUGUUUCUGGAAGCGGACCAACGAAAAGGGUGCCUUCUUCGGUCUCAUCUUGGGCCUUCUCCUAGGCUUGGUUCGGCUGGUCCUGGACUUCAUUUACGUGCAGCCUCGGUGUGACCAGCCAGAUAAGCGGCCAGCUGUGGUAAAGGAUGUCCACUACCUCUACUUCUCCAUGAUUCUGUCUUCCGUCACCCUGAUCACUGUGUCCGUCGUAAGCUGGUUCACAGAGCCGCCCUCCAAGGAGAUGGUCAGUCGCUUGACCUGGUUUACUCGCCAUGACCCCAUGGUCCAGAAGGAACAGGUGCCACCAGCAACUCCCCCGCCUCUUGCCCUCUCUCAGAACAGGACACCAGAGGCCAGCAGAACCAACGUCCAGUUCGAGAUUGUUCAAGAAAACAUGCCCCAAAACCACAGCUGUGACAUGACCAAAAAGCAGUCCAAAGUGGUGAAAGCCAUCUUGUGGCUCUGUGGGGUGGAGAACAAGGGCGAGGAGGAGAUGCCGAGCAGAACAGACCCUGUCAUAGUUUCCCUGGAUGAAAAGCCCUUGGUGAAAACCCUUCUGGACGUCAACCUCAUCAUCUGCAUCAGCUGUGCCAUCUUUCUCUGGGGCUACUUUGCUUAA